AUGUCCUCGCCUUGUGGGUUCGGAUUUUCAUCCUCGCCAGAACCGACGACGCCGACUUCUAUUCAGACUCUUUGUGAGGGAGAAACAGAAGCCAGUUCGCCGGAUGGUAUUGGAUUUAGCAGUGACAACGAGAACACAAGGACUCCACAAAGCGGUAUGACAUCAAAUAAGACAUGUAUAAUUGUAUAUAGUAUGGACUAUACCUAAAAUAAUUUUUAUGAUAUUUAGUGUCGAGCUUUCCUCGGAUUUUUGCGUCUCCUGGACGAUCACUGAGCUCCUCGCCUGUUGGUAUUGGAUUUAGCAGUGACAAUGAAAGCACACUGAGUCCACAAAACGGUAUAUGACAUUUGAAUCAGUCAUGACUGGAUAUUGAAAUUGACUCGAAAAUGAGACAAAGUUUUGUAUAUAUAUAUAUAGGCCAUAUAUAUAGUAAAUAAUAUGGACUAUAUGUCUAAAAUAAUUUUUAUGAUAUUUAAUUUAGUGGCGAGCUUUCCUCGGAUUUUUGCGUCUCCUGGACGAUCACUGAGCUCCUCGCCUGUUGGUAUUGGAUUUAGCAGUGACAAUGAAAGCACACUGAGCCCACAAAACGGUAUAUGACAUUUUUAGGUUUAUUGCCUUUUAUUAUAUAAAGUAUAGUGCUUUAUAGAGAUUUCGAGCACUGAUUAAAGUGAUAAUCUCACAUGUGCAUGAGACUAUUUAUGAUAAACUCACUGUUACUCACAUGUGAAAAUUAUCGCUUUUCAAUUAUUAUAUCGCUUUUCUGUAAAAAUUAUCGCUUUUCAAAGACUGCAUGUCCUUUAUAUAAUAAAUAGAAAAAUACACGGGAGCUUGGAAAUGCCAGAUUAUAACUCGAAAUAAAUCUGGUAUUUCCAAGCACCUAUGUAUAUUAUUCGGUUCUCUAUAUAUUAUCAACCGGGGUUAGAAAUAUGUAUUAAAUUGUAUAUUAUCGACAGAAGUUAGAAUAUAAUUUGUUGUGCAUUUUCUGUUAUGUUUAGUCACGAACAUUCCUUGGGGUAUUGCGUCUCCUGCACUGUCACUGCGGUCCUGGUCCUAUACCGUUUCCUCGUCCAAAAGUUUUAAAACCAAUUCCAACUCAUUCCAGGAUAAAGAAAAAACUAUGCGAGCUGUGUAACAGCUAUUAUAGUUGCGAUAAACGUCAUUUUAGUGGAUUUGAGCAUCAAAAGAACGCACAUGAUAAUAAGUUGUUUGCAUCGCUUGAUGCUGUGAUAAAAAAAGGACCAACAAUUCGGGGUUUGUUGAAAAAUAAAUAAUUAAAUUUAUGACUUAAGUAUUUCCAGAUUUAAUUGUUGUUGCUUAAUUGCCUUAAACCUUCUUAUAAAGGAACAAACAGGAAAAACAAGCAAGUAGUCUUGGAAAUAAUCGAGUCUGAAUGCUGUCCUCUUGAUUGUUUAAAAAGCUUACCAUUUAAAGAUAUUGACAGUGUCAGGCGUGAAUUUACCUCACUUGAAACGAUAGUCGAUGAAAGGAAUUACAUUCUUAAUUAUCUGAAAGAUAACACGUCAAUUACUCACGAUGCAGAAAAAGGAACUACGACUGUGUUUAGAAUAAAAGGGACACAUGUCUGCAAGCAAGCUUGGAUUAAAGUCCAUGGCUUAAAACUGCAAAGAUUCAAAACGAUACACUGUGAUUUUAAAGAUGGCUCAGAAGCGUACGUGCACGGGAACACUGGAUUGAAAAGGCCCACAACAAAGACAUCAGAAUGUAUAGCAUGGUUGAGAUUCCUUGUUAACUCAAUCGGUGAUCAACAACCAGAUAGUGGAAAAGUUCAUUUACCAUCCUGUUUUACCAAGCUGGCUUUGUACCAGAAAAUGUUAAGUGAGCAGGAUUCUGAUGACACCAUCAGCAGGUCACAUUUCUAUAGCAUCUUGGAGAAAGAAUUUAGUCAUGUCUCAAUACCAAAGGUAACAAUUACUCCACAAAACGUUGCAAAAAAUAAAACUAGGAUCAUGUUCAGAUUUGUCAAUAACCACUGUAAUUUUCACCACUAAAGCCCAGCAAAAUAUUUAUGUGUAUUUUAAGGCUUUAAAUGAUAAAACAGAAAGACUAGCAAGAGUCUCCCCUUUUUCACUAAAAUCGUCUGGUAUUAGACAGGCACCCUGCCACCAGUCAUCCUGCUAGUCUAUAGUUAAUGAAUAUGUCAAAUAUUAUUUCAUUAUUACAGGAAAACCGAUUUACCAAAUGCCAUCCUUGCACCAAGUAUAAAAAAGCAACUAGAGGCAACAAUGAACAAAGCUAAAAGAAAAGCUAUUCAAGAGCUUCUAGAUAAACACAUUGAACGUGUUAUGUAAGUAAACAGCAUAAAAUUUGAGAGUUGUUAGUUUUCUACAAAUAUUACUUAUUACUCUUUCGAUACUUAUUUGGCCUGGGUUUUUAUUUUUUGUCCUCAUUAAUGAAAGUGAAAGUGAAGGUCAAUUCAUCAAUCAUAGUGUAUUAAGCCUUACCCCUAAUGAAGUUUAUUGCAUUAUUUAACUAGUAGGACCAGGAUGCUUUGCAAGUAUUAAAUUGCAAUCAAGCCAGAAUGCUGACAAAGCAUUCUGGUCUAGUGGUCUUACAUGGUAGUAGUGGAAUAUGCCAUAAUGGGUAAGGUCCUCUCUCCUCCACAGAGACUUACAUGAAGUUUUAGUGAGGGAAAAGUGAGCGCGCAAGGAGUGAGGGGAAGAGCUAAACAAAUAAAGCAUCUGCUAGUUAUAUCAUAUUAUAGCAAUAUGGCGGCAUAUAUAAUCAUUUGCAGUUCGGUUCGAUCAACCAUCGAGGGUGUUAAAACAUGUUUUCCAGUUUCCUUUUCAAGCGUACUUGAGUCUCCUGGAAUGAAUCCAAUAUCAAUAUCUUCUGUCCAUUUGCACCGAAAAAUAUUGAAAAAUUGCAAAUGAAUCUAAAAAUGGAUAUGCGCUACUGUAUCUAAUUAUAAAUAUCCUCUGGCUGCAACAUUUCGUUGUAAAAAUUACUCUUCUGAACUUCGAUACUCAGAUUAUGAAGAUUUAUUUCAAUUUCUUUCACAUUUCCGUCGAUUUCAAGUCUAAAAAAGGUCAAACAACUAGUUUGGUUCAAAAACCAUACUUUGUUGCAUUAUUUCUGGGCAGCUCUAUUUAAGUCUUCCCUCUACAGCAUCAUUUAAAUCUUCCCGUCACACCGUGCACGCUCACUUUUAUCCAGGAAACUUCAUAAGUUAUUUGUAAAUAUUUAAGAAGGCUCUGCAGAGGAGAGAGUAUAAGGUCGAUUAAUAGAGAGAUUGAGAUUAUUCUGUUAACUGGUAUCAGGUACUAGUAGCCCCAUUUGGUUUUAUAAUUUACUGCAAGUUUAUACUCGUAAUAAAUGUGCUUGUUAUUCUGAUACUAUAGUCUAUGUGGAGAACACACAAAAAGUUUGUUUAAACAUUUAGGUAUCAAUAAAAUCUUAGGAUAAAUAUUAAUGCCCAGCAUAAAAUACGUAAAAGAGCCAUGACAAAAAUAUAGUUUAAAAUAUUUAUUAGAAAGCUAACGUUUCGUCUUUAACUUAAGACAUCUUCAGAGCAAUGACAUACAAAGCGGAAAACACAGAAAUAUGAACACCGCCUCUCUUAAUGAUUUCAAGAUUAUUUCUUGUUGCUCUUCUCCAGACGAACUCCUCAUUCGAGAAAGUCUUCUCAUUAACAAACUCAAACCCUCUCUCAAUUUACAGGGCAGCUCUGUCCCUUUACUUCUGCUCUGAUCCAUUCCUCUUUCUACUUUUGUAAUAUAAUAUCUUGUAAAUAAUUGUAAUUUAUUCAUAUUUCUGUGUUUUCCGCUUUGUAUGUCAUUGCUCUGAAGAUGUCUUAAGUUAAAGACGAAACGCCAGCUUUCUAAUAAAUAUUUUAAACUAUAUUUUUGUUAUGGCUCUUUUCCGUAUUUUAUGCUGGGCAUUAAUAUUUAUCCUAAAAUUACGAUUUCUGCCUGGUUCAUCUAUCGCAAGUAUAUCAAUAAAAUUUACCACACAAAAUGACUCUAUUAGUAUCCCCUGUACUGGUAUCAGUAAAUGGGAUAGUCUUAACCUCUCUAUUGUUCAAAAGAGUCUACAAGUCAUGCGAAUGUUAUUCCUUACCAGGAAUGAAAGGAAAAAAUAUCAUCUUCAUCGGUACAAAGCACGACGGAGUCCUUCAAAGUAUUUAACAAUCAUUUUGGAUGGUAUGGAUCAAUCGAAGACUGAUGUACCAAACCUUCGGCGAGUCUGCAAGUCAACAGCAAAUCUCCAAAAAAUGAGAACGCAUCUUGUUGGAGCUAUCAUGCACAGUGGGUUGUGUCCCAUGGGAAAAACAUUCCACGGUAUUUUCGACUUGUUCCAAUGGCCGCAUGACAGCAAUUUAACAAUGAACAUUCCCAUCACACUUCUUACAUUGUUCAAUGAUCGCUUUGGUUUACCACCAGUACUUAACCUUCAACUAGACAACUGCUGGCGUAAAAACAAGAACAAAUAUGUUUUUACCUUUUUGUCCCUUUUGGUGGAAUGGUCCGUGUUUGAUAAGGUAUGGUUAAAACAAGAAUGGGUCAUAUUUUCAAAAGUGAACCAGUUUCAUUUGGUCACAGGUGCCAAGGGUUCACUUCCAACCAUGUCAACUCAUGUAUAGGGGCUUCCAUCCUGGCCAACAUUCAAAAUACUGUAUCUUUAUCUCUGUUGCUAAUAAUGCAGGUGAAGCAUUGUCAUGGCAAUUAAACCCAUUGAUUUAGAUCACAUGUGCCUUCUUGCACAAGUUUUCCUAAAGGGAAAUAAUUUUCUAUCAGAGAAAUAUGAUUAUUUGCUAUAUAUAUAGUAAUUGUAUGUAACCUUUACUUUUUCAGAUCAAGGGCAACUUCCUACCAGUUGGGCAUACCCAUGAGGAUAUUGAUGCCUUAUUUGGUUGUUUUUCAAAGCAUCUUAAAUUUCUUGAUGUAUAUACGGUUGAUGGUAAGUUUUUAACCCAUUAACUAGCAGUACUCUACCACUGAUGAGUAAAAUUGUUUUGCAUUAGACAGAGUAAAGACUAGAGUUGGGAGAUUUGUUCAGUAAUUGGUUAACCCAUUAGCGGGAAAAUUGCACCCUACUUUAGCAUUUACUCUGUACAAUGCCAGAUAAUUUUAUUUAUCAGUAAUAGAGUACUGGUGGUUAAUGGGUAUUGGUGGUUAUUGUCACCCCAUGUAAAAAUCUUAUCACUAUCUUACAAUUUGAGCUUGUAAGAUGUUGUAAUAAUCUGGCAAGAAUGUUAAGUGAAAAUUAAAAUAAAAUAUUAAAAGAUUAUUGUAAGAUUCUAAAAAAGAUUUUCAACAUGAAACCCUACAACACUAACUUUGCCGGUAUCAUGUUAAACAGUGUAUCAGUUCUGUUGGCAUGACAGAAUAAUUAGUUGACACUAAAUUCUGCAGAUUGUAAUUAUGAACUUACAGUGUGAUCACUUCACUUAAGCAUUAUAACUUUAGAUAUAAGAAAAGCUUAUGAAGAGUGUUCUAACAAACCCCACCCAGAAUCCAGAUGUUUAUCAAAAAUGUAUGACAUUAAAGAAUGGUUGGAUGCCCAUAGUGAUGAUCUACACAAACAUGUCAGGCCACAUUGCUUCAAAUUUGUCCGGAAUGAAGAAAAUAAAGCAGUUAUGUACUACAGGAAGUGGAGUGGCGAUGAGUGGAUGGGUCCUGUACAACUAUUAAAGGUAAUACAAUUAUUAUGUUUCUCAAAAAGGUUACUGUAUCUUAAACUGUGUUGAAAAAAUAUCACAAAAUGGCUUCAAGAGACUGGAAGUUAUUGUUUUAUUUUUUCUAUUUAACAAUUAGCCGCCGAAGGCGAGGUGAUUACAAGCCUAUAUUCACUGAGCCGAAGGCGAAGUGAAUAUAGGCUUGUAAUCACCGAGCCUGAGGCGACUAAUUGUUUUAGUAUAAAUUUCCAGGUGUUUACAAACAAUAAUCCACACAACUUUAUAAAAAUUCACUUCAAAUAAAUGUAUUUUCGCUAUAAAUAGUUUGUUUACAAAAUUUAAAUCUCAGACACGGCUUUGUGUCGCGUUGCGACUAAGCCAGUUUUUUUCCAAAUAAAAGCAUGUAAAGUUUAAUAGUUUACCUUGAAAUAUUUUUAAACCAUAUUUUAUAGCUUGUUUGGGUUUUUUCGGAAUGCUAUCUUCUUUAAUUUUGGCAAUUUCCUCCUCUGUUACUACGGCAAAACGAGCAGCCAUUUUGAAAAAAAAGCUAUAGUCACUGACCAGUGACUAUCACUUCAGAGACAGUGAAUCUUAACCAAUCAGAAUGCAGAAAAAUCAAUAGUCACCUGGAAAUUUAUACUAAAAUUAUAUAGUCGCUUCCUGUUGACAUGCCAAUCCAGGUACCACCAAAUUUUUCAAAGGCAGACUUACCCAAGCUUGCAUCUGACAUGCAGAAAUGGUAUUCUGUUAUGCCACCUUCGGCACGAGAGUGGUGGGAAUCCUUAUUGCAGACACUGGAAACAACAGGCAACCAUGUUCCAGCUGAUAAUACAGAUUGUCUAAUAUUUUCAUUGAAAAAUAAUGUUCAAAGACCAACCGCUGAACCUGUAGAAACAGCUGAGAUACCUGCACAGCUAUCAGCCUUGGAAGAAAAGGAGCUGGAGCCACUAGAAGAGGUAAACAAAAAGAAAUUUAAAGGGGGUGGUAUAUUAAUACAUUUGGGAAGUAUGAACUAACUAGAAAAUACAUGCAUGCAGAAACCCUCGCCUUGCUGACAAAACCGUUGUAUUUUCCGAACAUGAAGUAUCUAAAGUAGUUGUCAUGGUAACACGAUAAUUUUUUAAGAAUAUUCUUACAAAUGAAAAUCGCCUAAAAAUAUCACUUUUAAUUACAAAAUUAUCAAUUUCCCAACAUAUUUAUGUUAGGUAUGUAAUUAUACGUAAUACAAGCUUCAAUUUAAGGUAAAAUUCAACCACAAACAAUUCACAAAACGUUUUAAAGUGUUCUUUAUAAAACUAAACUGCCUUUAACUAUUAAAUGGCUUUAUCGAUAAACUUUGAGUUUGCAAUAAAAUGAUUUCAAAUUCCCGCAUGCAAAUAACUUUGCUUUAUUUUAUAUUUAAAAAAUUCAAUAUAAUAAAAAAGGGAAUCAGUAUUAAAGAUACACUGAAAUUAUAUGCUGUCUUGUUUAGUUGUUUCAUAUACGCAAAGGCCGUCGGGUUUUAAAGCCAUUAUAAAAUCAAUAUUUAAAACAAACUUACCUUCGUUAACGUCGGCUCCCUUCUUUUAGCUGAUUCUUUCGCCCUUUCUUCUUGAAAUUUACAAAAUCUUGCAGAAAUACCAGCAAAAAUGAAGAAUAUUUGCAAGAAAUUUAUCAAUCAUCAACUCAUCAAAUCAAGAAAUGUUUGCUAUUUCGCUGUCGUCAUACAGCCGUUAUAAUGCAAACUUUAAAUUGGACCAAUCAGUGUCCGUUAUUCAUGACAGUCCGCCAUAUUUUUGAGAUCAGUGAGGAUGACCACCCAUCGUUGGUGACCGACGCCCGCGAUAUUUGUUGAACUUUAGACUCCGCUAAUGCUUUCGUUUCCCCGGGUGUAAAUAGCCGGGGGGAAUUAGUACCCUCGCACGGCGCUUCGCGCCGCCGGCUCGGGGACAAACUUUACACAGUAAUUUUACCCUAUCAAAUGCCAAUUGCUCUGAGCAUACUGAGUGCUGAUCAAUGGGAAAGUGCUUGGAAUUGUUGGGUUAACUAGAUUUUGUACCGGUGCUCAGCAAGGACGUUUGUUGGGUGUUAAUAAAAUGCCAGCAAUUGUAAUGGCAAGACUGUCCAUUUUGACAUGUUACACCAGGCCUUAAAAUAUAUUUUACAGGGCCGUCUGACAAAAUGUCCAGUGACGUUGAGUUUGGGUCAGACAUAUGUCCAAUGACCUUCAGUUCAGUUAUGACUCGGAAAUAAGUCUGAAUGACACAAAUGAAUAAACAGUAAAUGUUGUAAAGAUAUUAAAUAAUUUGUUUUUUCAUACUUAUUUCCAAGCCAAAAUUAACUUGCUUGCCAGAACAGCAGUAUUAAAAAAGACUUUGACAACUUAAGCCUGUUUUCCACUUCGCCAUUUCGCUCUCCGCCCCACGCUCAACUAUAUGUUAAAAAAAAACAUCCUGGGCUAGGAAACAUUUUCAUUUACGACGGACAAAGCUACAGUACGGUCGGACACCAAUACACUCGGGUCGGACAAACAAUAAACCUCAGUUUCACUAUGGUUGGACAGAAUGUCUGGUGAUUUCCUCUCUACGUCGGACAAUUUCACGAAUGGGUCGGACAAUGUCCAUGACCGACCGAUAUUUUAAGGCCUGGUUACACAGAGCUUAGGAAAUAAUUUGUAUUCAUACAGUAGAUACCUAUUUUCCUAGAUUUAUACUGGCCCAUACAAAGCACCUGCAUCCCGUGGUGUAAACAUGGAUGACAAUUACCUGGCUGCUAUAAAACCUGGUGUGUUUGUUGCGGUAUAUAUAAGCAACUAUAAAAAAAGACCAGUUAUUGGUAAAGUAACAGAGGUUUGUGACAAUCAGUUUACUCUAAACUACUGGAAGGGAAGUUACAGCACAGCCUGGCAACCACAUAUGGUGAAAGGUAAAGAUGGGCCAACAACAUGGGCAGAUACUAUCCCCAAAGAAGCAGUCAUUGUGUGUGCCUUUGAACUUGAUGAAAAUAAUCACUUGUUAGAAAAUACCAGGAAAUUUUUAAAGAAGUGGUAUAGAGAUAAUGCAAAAAAGGUUGAUGAACAAGUGAAAUAAGCAAACAAUUAUUACACUGGACAUCUGUAUAUACUAGAUUAAUCAUACAGCCAGCUUGAGAGCCCGGAUGAGCCUUGAGAGCAUGGUUGAACAAUUAUUACACUGUCUGUAUAUACUAGCCAGUGCGGCUGGUUCUAUAUUAUAUAAUACAGCCAGCUCAAGAGCCCAGAUGAAAGAUCCUCCAUGAAAGAGCCUCAAUACUAAUCGUAAUCAUAGCUAACUGAAGCCUCUGUGAAGAAGAGUGAUUAACCCAUUAAGCUGCAGAGCUUUCCCAUUGACAAGUACUGGCAUUAUGCAAGUAAAAAAAAAUAAAGUAGGGCAUACUGGGGCACAGCUAAUUAGUCCAGACUGUAAACCUCCGACUACAAGCCCUGGACUUAUAUACUUUCGUAAGCGAUUUUUGAUGGGUUUAUACAAGGGGGGGGCUUAUAAAUGGGGGGGGGGCUAAUACAUGGACGAUUUUUUUGUGUUUAUGUAAUAAACAAUUCGGACAUAAACAAGUUAGUCAUAAACAGGAAAAUUAACAUGUAUUAUUUAAUAAUACCGCGCUUCGACUCACAUUGUCAACUAUCAAGACAAUGACAAUGUUUUUAAAUAUCGUUCUCUGCUAUAUUAUUAAAAGACAAUGUCAAUGUUGGAUAACGUAGUGGGCUACUGGGCCUAUAUUCAGGGGACUAAUAUUUGGGGGGCUUAUAAUUCGGAUGGACUUAUAUUCGGGUGGGCUUAUAUUUGGAAUGAGAUGAGCGUUAGUAUAUGUGGUGGGCUUAUAUUCGGGGGCUAUAUUCGGGGCUUAUAUUCGGAGGCUUAUAUUCGGGGGCUUAUAGUCCUAAUAGUCGGAGGUUUACGGUAUUUAUCAAGCUAAUAAUCACAUGCCAUUCAAACUAAUCACAAUUCUCAGCGGCAGACAGACGAGAAUGAUCAAAAUUACCUGGGCUCGCGGGCUGCCUAUAUGUACAUGUUAUGUGUGUGUCUAAAAUUUUAGAUAUUCCUCAAGCAAUUUUCAAACGGUUUUCGCAGUUUCCCGGUAUUUUUACUGCCAGCCAGCCACGUACUUACCUAUUAUGCAUAUCGCUGUCCAUAAUACUGAUUCAGAAAUCCGGAUCUUGAUAAUUUUAGCAUGGUAAAACCUCCUAGUUGGCGAGAGAUUCAGUAAUUAUAAAACUUUACAAUAUUUAAACUUCGCCAUGUUUCCACAAAAUAUAUUAAACACUCCUGGAGUCUGAGGCGAGAAUUAUAAGUUCAAAACCACUGAACUCUAUAUAAUACUUAUAUUACACAGAGGUUAUUGCAAGAUUCAAAACGAUACACUGUGAUUUUAAAGAUGGCUCAGAAGCGUACGUGCACGGGAACACUGGAUUGAAAAGGCCCACAACAAAGACAUCAGAAUGUAUAGCAUGGUUGAGAUUCCUUGUUAACUCAAUCGGUGAUCAACAACCAGAUAGUGGAAAAGUUCAUUUACCAUCCUGUUUUACCAAGCUGGCUUUGUACCAGAAAAUGUUAAGUGAGCAGGAUUCUGAUGACACCAUCAGCAGGUCACAUUUCUAUAGCAUCUUGGAGAAAGAAUUUAGUCAUGUCUCAAUACCAAAGGUAACAAUUACUCCACAAAACGUUGCAAAAAAUAAAACUAGGAUCAUGUUCAGAUUUGUCAAUAACCACUGUAAUUUUCACCACUAAAGCCCAGCAAAAUAUUUAUGUGUAUUUUAAGGCUUUAAAUGAUAAAACAGAAAGACUAGCAAGAGUCUCCCCUUUUUCACUAAAAUCGUCUGGUAUUAGACAGGCACCCUGCCACCAGUCAUCCUGCUAGUCUAUAGUUAAUGAAUAUGUCAAAUAUUAUUUCAUUAUUACAGGAAAACCGAUUUACCAAAUGCCAUCCUUGCACCAAGUAUAAAAAAGCAACUAGAGGCAACAAUGAACAAAGCUAAAAGAAAAGCUAUUCAAGAGCUUCUAGAUAAACACAUUGAACGUGUUAUGUAAGUAAACAGCAUAAAAUUUGAGAGUUGUUAGUUUUCUACAAAUAUUACUUAUUACUCUUUCGAUACUUAUUUGGCCUGGGUUUUUAUUUUUUGUCCUCAUUAAUGAAAGUGAAAGUGAAGGUCAAUUCAUCAAUCAUAGUGUAUUAAGCCUUACCCCUAAUGAAGUUUAUUGCAUUAUUUAACUAGUAGGACCAGGAUGCUUUGCAAGUAUUAAAUUGCAAUCAAGCCAGAAUGCUGACAAAGCAUUCUGGUCUAGUGGUCUUACAUGGUAGUAGUGGAAUAUGCCAUAAUGGGUAAGGUCCUCUCUCCUCCACAGAGACUUACAUGAAGUUUUAGUGAGGGAAAAGUGAGCGCGCAAGGAGUGAGGGGAAGAGCUAAACAAAUAAAGCAUCUGCUAGUUAUAUCAUAUUAUAGCAAUAUGGCGGCAUAUAUAAUCAUUUGCAGUUCGGUUCGAUCAACCAUCGAGGGUGUUAAAACAUGUUUUCCAGUUUCCUUUUCAAGCGUACUUGAGUCUCCUGGAAUGAAUCCAAUAUCAAUAUCUUCUGUCCAUUUGCACCGAAAAAUAUUGAAAAAUUGCAAAUGAAUCUAAAAAUGGAUAUGCGCUACUGUAUCUAAUUAUAAAUAUCCUCUGGCUGCAACAUUUCGUUGUAAAAAUUACUCUUCUGAACUUCGAUACUCAGAUUAUGAAGAUUUAUUUCAAUUUCUUUCACAUUUCCGUCGAUUUCAAGUCUAAAAAAGGUCAAACAACUAGUUUGGUUCAAAAACCAUACUUUGUUGCAUUAUUUCUGGGCAGCUCUAUUUAAGUCUUCCCUCUACAGCAUCAUUUAAAUCUUCCCGUCACACCGUGCACGCUCACUUUUAUCCAGGAAACUUCAUAAGUUAUUUGUAAAUAUUUAAGAAGGCUCUGCAGAGGAGAGAGUAUAAGGUCGAUUAAUAGAGAGAUUGAGAUUAUUCUGUUAACUGGUAUCAGGUACUAGUAGCCCCAUUUGGUUUUAUAAUUUACUGCAAGUUUAUACUCGUAAUAAAUGUGCUUGUUAUUCUGAUACUAUAGUCUAUGUGGAGAACACACAAAAAGUUUGUUUAAACAUUUAGGUAUCAAUAAAAUCUUAGGAUAAAUAUUAAUGCCCAGCAUAAAAUACGUAAAAGAGCCAUGACAAAAAUAUAGUUUAAAAUAUUUAUUAGAAAGCUAACGUUUCGUCUUUAACUUAAGACAUCUUCAGAGCAAUGACAUACAAAGCGGAAAACACAGAAAUAUGAACACCGCCUCUCUUAAUGAUUUCAAGAUUAUUUCUUGUUGCUCUUCUCCAGACGAACUCCUCAUUCGAGAAAGUCUUCUCAUUAACAAACUCAAACCCUCUCUCAAUUUACAGGGCAGCUCUGUCCCUUUACUUCUGCUCUGAUCCAUUCCUCUUUCUACUUUUGUAAUAUAAUAUCUUGUAAAUAAUUGUAAUUUAUUCAUAUUUCUGUGUUUUCCGCUUUGUAUGUCAUUGCUCUGAAGAUGUCUUAAGUUAAAGACGAAACGCCAGCUUUCUAAUAAAUAUUUUAAACUAUAUUUUUGUUAUGGCUCUUUUCCGUAUUUUAUGCUGGGCAUUAAUAUUUAUCCUAAAAUUACGAUUUCUGCCUGGUUCAUCUAUCGCAAGUAUAUCAAUAAAAUUUACCACACAAAAUGACUCUAUUAGUAUCCCCUGUACUGGUAUCAGUAAAUGGGAUAGUCUUAACCUCUCUAUUGUUCAAAAGAGUCUACAAGUCAUGCGAAUGUUAUUCCUUACCAGGAAUGAAAGGAAAAAAUAUCAUCUUCAUCGGUACAAAGCACGACGGAGUCCUUCAAAGUAUUUAACAAUCAUUUUGGAUGGUAUGGAUCAAUCGAAGACUGAUGUACCAAACCUUCGGCGAGUCUGCAAGUCAACAGCAAAUCUCCAAAAAAUGAGAACGCAUCUUGUUGGAGCUAUCAUGCACAGUGGGUUGUGUCCCAUGGGAAAAACAUUCCACGGUAUUUUCGACUUGUUCCAAUGGCCGCAUGACAGCAAUUUAACAAUGAACAUUCCCAUCACACUUCUUACAUUGUUCAAUGAUCGCUUUGGUUUACCACCAGUACUUAACCUUCAACUAGACAACUGCUGGCGUAAAAACAAGAACAAAUAUGUUUUUACCUUUUUGUCCCUUUUGGUGGAAUGGUCCGUGUUUGAUAAGGUAUGGUUAAAACAAGAAUGGGUCAUAUUUUCAAAAGUGAACCAGUUUCAUUUGGUCACAGGUGCCAAGGGUUCACUUCCAACCAUGUCAACUCAUGUAUAGGGGCUUCCAUCCUGGCCAACAUUCAAAAUACUGUAUCUUUAUCUCUGUUGCUAAUAAUGCAGGUGAAGCAUUGUCAUGGCAAUUAAACCCAUUGAUUUAGAUCACAUGUGCCUUCUUGCACAAGUUUUCCUAAAGGGAAAUAAUUUUCUAUCAGAGAAAUAUGAUUAUUUGCUAUAUAUAUAGUAAUUGUAUGUAACCUUUACUUUUUCAGAUCAAGGGCAACUUCCUACCAGUUGGGCAUACCCAUGAGGAUAUUGAUGCCUUAUUUGGUUGUUUUUCAAAGCAUCUUAAAUUUCUUGAUGUAUAUACGGUUGAUGGUAAGUUUUUAACCCAUUAACUAGCAGUACUCUACCACUGAUGAGUAAAAUUGUUUUGCAUUAGACAGAGUAAAGACUAGAGUUGGGAGAUUUGUUCAGUAAUUGGUUAACCCAUUAGCGGGAAAAUUGCACCCUACUUUAGCAUUUACUCUGUACAAUGCCAGAUAAUUUUAUUUAUCAGUAAUAGAGUACUGGUGGUUAAUGGGUAUUGGUGGUUAUUGUCACCCCAUGUAAAAAUCUUAUCACUAUCUUACAAUUUGAGCUUGUAAGAUGUUGUAAUAAUCUGGCAAGAAUGUUAAGUGAAAAUUAAAAUAAAAUAUUAAAAGAUUAUUGUAAGAUUCUAAAAAAGAUUUUCAACAUGAAACCCUACAACACUAACUUUGCCGGUAUCAUGUUAAACAGUGUAUCAGUUCUGUUGGCAUGACAGAAUAAUUAGUUGACACUAAAUUCUGCAGAUUGUAAUUAUGAACUUACAGUGUGAUCACUUCACUUAAGCAUUAUAACUUUAGAUAUAAGAAAAGCUUAUGAAGAGUGUUCUAACAAACCCCACCCAGAAUCCAGAUGUUUAUCAAAAAUGUAUGACAUUAAAGAAUGGUUGGAUGCCCAUAGUGAUGAUCUACACAAACAUGUCAGGCCACAUUGCUUCAAAUUUGUCCGGAAUGAAGAAAAUAAAGCAGUUAUGUACUACAGGAAGUGGAGUGGCGAUGAGUGGAUGGGUCCUGUACAACUAUUAAAGGUAAUACAAUUAUUAUGUUUCUCAAAAAGGUUACUGUAUCUUAAACUGUGUUGAAAAAAUAUCACAAAAUGGCUUCAAGAGACUGGAAGUUAUUGUUUUAUUUUUUCUAUUUAACAAUUAGCCGCCGAAGGCGAGGUGAUUACAAGCCUAUAUUCACUGAGCCGAAGGCGAAGUGAAUAUAGGCUUGUAAUCACCGAGCCUGAGGCGACUAAUUGUUUUAGUAUAAAUUUCCAGGUGUUUACAAACAAUAAUCCACACAACUUUAUAAAAAUUCACUUCAAAUAAAUGUAUUUUCGCUAUAAAUAGUUUGUUUACAAAAUUUAAAUCUCAGACACGGCUUUGUGUCGCGUUGCGACUAAGCCAGUUUUUUUCCAAAUAAAAGCAUGUAAAGUUUAAUAGUUUACCUUGAAAUAUUUUUAAACCAUAUUUUAUAGCUUGUUUGGGUUUUUUCGGAAUGCUAUCUUCUUUAAUUUUGGCAAUUUCCUCCUCUGUUACUACGGCAAAACGAGCAGCCAUUUUGAAAAAAAAGCUAUAGUCACUGACCAGUGACUAUCACUUCAGAGACAGUGAAUCUUAACCAAUCAGAAUGCAGAAAAAUCAAUAGUCACCUGGAAAUUUAUACUAAAAUUAUAUAGUCGCUUCCUGUUGACAUGCCAAUCCAGGUACCACCAAAUUUUUCAAAGGCAGACUUACCCAAGCUUGCAUCUGACAUGCAGAAAUGGUAUUCUGUUAUGCCACCUUCGGCACGAGAGUGGUGGGAAUCCUUAUUGCAGACACUGGAAACAACAGGCAACCAUGUUCCAGCUGAUAAUACAGAUUGUCUAAUAUUUUCAUUGAAAAAUAAUGUUCAAAGACCAACCGCUGAACCUGUAGAAACAGCUGAGAUACCUGCACAGCUAUCAGCCUUGGAAGAAAAGGAGCUGGAGCCACUAGAAGAG